AUGGGCAAUGCUGGAGAGUUAGUAAUGCCUCUAUCUCUGCUUUCAAUGAACCACGUCUCUUUUGUUUGUAGGAGUGUGCAAGAAUCUGUGAAAUUCUAUGAAAAUGCCCUCGGAUUUGUCCUUAUUAAGAGGCCGUCUUCUUUCAAAUUUCAAGGAGCUUGGUUAUUCAAUUAUGGCAUUGGCAUUCACCUACUAGAGUCAGAUAAAGUUCCAGUGAAAAGAGGAGAGAUCAACCCAAAAGAAAAUCAUAUUUCGUUUCAGUGCUCAGACAUGAAAAUUAUAAUGAAGAAGCUUGAUGCAAUGAAGAUUGAAUAUGUGAAAGGAAUUGUGGAAGAAGGUGGAAUUAAAGUUGAUCAAGUCUUCUUUCAUGAUCCAGAUGGCUAUAUGAUUGAAAUAUGCAAUUGCCAAAAUCUACCUGUGCUUCCUAUUUCCACUUGUCCUCUAAACCAGCACACUAAUAGAAAAGAUCAAGCACCACACUUUUAUAGAGAAGGAAAGAACUGUUCUGCAGAAGAUGCUUUGUUGAUGAUGGAGAAAUUGAUGAUAGAUUUGUUAAGGGUUUCAAUAUAA